GCAUGAAUACACGUGGAUUUGAAAGUGCACCAGCGUUUUCUGUUAUUUUAUCACUUGAACAGAGGAUUGUGUGUUCAUAUGUGCAUAAAGAGAGAUUAUCUCUUACAAAGUGGUGGGUUUGUGCUCGGAGCUAAGAGCUAUUUAUACAUUUUGGAGAGGGAGUUUAGCAAAGCAGAGCUCUUCCUCUCCUCAGCCUUAUCUCCGUGACCCUGUCAAAAGUAAACUCUUAUCUGCUGCACCAUCCAAAAAAAUAUUGCUCCUCUUAUCGGAUUUUUUUUUUUCCGCUGUAAGAUUAAUGUCCUACUCCGUUUACUUUUCCAGUUCAGGAGUACGAGCCUCAAACUAUUUUUUUUUUUUUUUUUUUUGCCUCCAUCCAUCUUCUUAACCCUUUCCGUCUAUAACAACAAGAAAAAGAUAAUUAUAUUAGAGAACGAUGCACAUGUACAGUUUGGACCAGCAACACGCUCAGAUAUUCACACACACUUAACCACGUGGAUAGACAUAAAUAUUGCUAAACAUGUUGCUGAAACUCGAAUAACCGAACUUCUCCAAUCUAGUCGUUUAACCGCGUAAGCUCCAGUUGAACGGCAGAGUUUUGGACAUUGUUGGACCUGUGCUUUCGCUAAACUUGCAGAAAUGAAGGGGGUGGGGUCACCGAGGAAGAUCAAAAACGACAACGGAGUAAAUAAAUAAUCCGCUUAUUGACAUAAAACAAGCUGGUGUGUCUGUGCUGGGACACCGGCUCGGCCCGGUUCUCCCUCCCCUCAGCCUCCACAUUCAAAGGUAAUGGUCGAAUAACUACGUUACAGAUUCCGCCUUUUACUCCCGGGUUCAUCCCGAGUUCACCGAAUUAAUUUAGUUUAGGUGGUAGCGAGCGCCUGCGCGUCUGUCAAAAAGGGAGGCCGAGAGUUUUGAUAAUUUACGCCAUCUAUGCGCACGACCUUUCCCAAAAAAUACGUAUGUAAACCCUGUAGGGGAAGGCUAGCAUAUAUAAAACACCGUGUUGGUUGAAAUGGGAAUGAUUAGUGGAUGAUGGGACUCUGUUUACUGUGUGAUAAAAUGUUGAAAUAUAAGAAAAGGAAUAUUGAAAUGAGCGCAGGGGUGAAGUGUGGACAUAUGGCUCCGGUUAACUCAAUAAGAAUCCAUCUGAGAGCUGCAGAGACUCGAGUUGCAUCAAUAUAAAUCCACCUGAUACCCCCGCGCCGGAUCUCCACGCGGCUCGGAGCCCGUUAAACACAAUAAAAACACGAACUCGGCUGCGAAACAACACAUUUCGCAGGUCCGAAAUGCCCCCUGUAUAAUUCUGCGAAGCGAUGGCGGCGGUUGCGCUGCGGGUUCACAUGUCAGCGUGCACCGUGGUGUCAUUUAUAUUUAUACAACAAAAGGAAAGGGAGAAAUGAUCCCGGAAGAAAAGAAAAAUCUGUGUGAGGCAGAGAAAAUGAGAAAGACCCUUCCCUCCUCCACAUCUACUGACCAUUUUUCUUCAAAGUAAUGACUCCAACUCAAUUUAGUAUGACGGAGAGGGAGAGAGAGGGAAGGGUAAAGAACCAAAUGACAGAAAGAGGGGAUGAGGGACAGAAGGGAGUGAAAGAGAGGUGGAAAUGGCAGAAAGAAAGGGUAUGGAAGGAGGGGGGGAGAAGGGCUUGGCUUUUCUCGGGGUGAACGGGAGUUCAGCGCGUCUCACCAAUAUUAAAAUGUGUACCGGGGACGCGGGGUGACACGCCUCACCCAUUAAACAAAGAGUGUGCCAAACUGGCAGAUUAAUUUGAAAACUUGAGUCCAUGCACACACACACAACACUUAAUGCCUUAAAGAGCCCACUGACUCCACAGCAGCCCGGGUUUUUUACGCACGGAACGCCUGGUGCUGGUGUCGCAACGUUAGGCUGAAGCGUUGGCUUUUCUUUUUUUUUUUUUUUUUUUUUUUUUGUUUUCGCUGGAUUAUCACCGUUAAAUUGGCACCAACGGUGCAGUAUUACCGCAUUUACACGCGGAUUGUGAGCGGCGCGGUUCCGACACGGCCGUGUUUACGCUUUACCGGAGACCCGACGGACGUAGCAGAGGGCGUGCGUCUCUGCGCGCGUUCCGGAAAACAGAAGAAGAUAUGUCAGCGGUUUUUUUUUUAAGAUAACGCGAAGAAUCCAGAAGAGGUCAGAAAAGAAAAGGAAAAAAAAAACCUGUGGCUCUGCGAGAGAGAGAGAGAGAGAAAUGCGGGGAACUGUGGUGUGAAAGCGAGCAAGGGAGGCUUUUCAGUGAGCAGCGAAAAUGCCGAUUUCUUGAAGGUAUAAACAAGGGAAAAAAAAUAAAAAGAUGAUUACGUGAAGAAAAUGGCUUAACUCGACGACACCAGAAAGGAGAGACGGACCUACAGACUGGAGAGGACUACAAGACCCCUUCUGCCAGGAGAGAGAGAGAAAAGAGAGAGAGGGCAAGGAACAGAAAGACAGAAUGAGGAGAAGAAAAAAGAAGACGUCUUGGAAGACACUUGGAAGACACCACCCCCUCCCUCCUCCCUCCCUCACACGCACACGCACACACACACAUACACACACAUACACACACACACACACGCACACACAUCUCCUUCCCACCCAUCACCCAACAAGUAUCCCACCAUAAGAAAAAAACUUUUUUCUUCCCCAUUGGAAAGGAGUAAAUCCCUCCAAAGAAACUUCAACAAACCAGUCAGAGAGUCCUCACUGCGUACAAGAACAUGGCACAGAAGUCGCUGCUAAAAGUGGUGUCGUCAAAGUUCUUAGGAGCUUUCUGGAAGCCGUUUUCCUCCAUUAAAACAUCGAGAAAAAAGAGGAAAUCUUUUCGGUCAGAUUGCAGGGGACUGUUGGAGAGGCACCGUCACGUGACCCCGGUACCAAAUGGUCUUCCGGCAGUGGCUCUCAAUAAGGACCGGAGCACAAGAAGACGCCGCCACUUCUCUCAGAAAUGCAGAAGACAACAUACUACGACAACUCAUCGACGCUUUUUGGUGGCUACUCGUCCUACCAGGUGCAGGGGGUGGCAGCGGCAGCGGCCCCCAAUGGCUUUGGGGGCUACGAUGCCCCGGUCCCAGUGUCCCACCACCAGCCGGCCUUCCAGUCGGCCACCCAUCUGGACGUGGAUUCGUACCAGCGCUCCGCGUGCUCUUUACAGUCGCUGGGCAGUAAUGGCGGCCACCAACAGCAGCAGCAGCAGCUAGCCAAGACCAAGGAGUUGAAUGGCAGCUGCAUGCAGCCCAGCCUGCCGCCCGAACACCACCCCGGCUCCCAAGUGUCCCCUCCGCUGCCCCCCAACCCCAGCAACGGCAAUACCGGCGCUCAGCAGCCGGGGGGCAGCGCUGGGGCCUGCUCAGUGUCCAAAUCAGGCCCCAAUAAGUCAUCUAAUUCUUCCUCCUCCACAUCAUCCUCCACGUCGUCCUCUUCCUCACUGCCGCCCAACCCAGCCUUGGCCAAGCAGAUCUUUCCCUGGAUGAAAGAAUCUCGGCAGACGACCAAGCAGAAAAACUGUUCACCCAGCAACAACUCUGGCAACGCAUCAGGGGGAGCCGAGAGCGGUAGCAGCGGGGAGAAGAGUCCUACUGGAGGGUCGUCAGCAUCAUCUAAGCGGGCUCGUACGGCGUACACAAGCGCCCAGCUGGUCGAGCUGGAGAAGGAGUUCCACUUCAACCGGUACCUGUGCCGGCCCCGGCGGGUGGAGAUGGCCAACCUGCUCAACCUUUCCGAACGCCAGAUCAAGAUCUGGUUUCAGAACCGACGCAUGAAGUACAAGAAGGACCAGAAGUCCAAGGGCUUGAGCUCCAGCUCUGGGGGGCCCUCACCCACUGGCUCCCCACCCCUGUCCAUGCAGUCUUCCGCCAGCUUCCUCAACUCAAUGCACUCCAUGGGAGGCGGUGGAGGGGGUCCGGGGUACGACGCCGCGUCCCCGCCGUCCUUCGGCAAGCCCCCCCAAGGAGUGUCUUACUCCAUGUCCACUGCCUAUUCCAACGUCCCCAUGAAGGGCUGCCCCCCUCAGCAGAAGUACGGCGGCCCAGACCAAGACUAUGGCGACCCCCAUCCCCACCACGGCUUAGUGCAGGCCAACAACGCGGGCUACGGAACUCCCACCAACAUGCAGGCCAGUCCAGUUUAUGUGGGUGGUGGCAGCUAUGUGGAACCCAUGCCCGGCUCGGGGCCCUCUAUGUACGGCCUAAACCACCUCGGCCCCACGCCGUCCCACCACCAAGCCAUGGACUACAACGGCGCGGGGCCAAUGUCAGCCGCCAACCAGCACCACGUGGGCGGAGGGGGACCCCAGGGUCCCUGCGACCCGCCCACGCACCCAACGUACACCGAGCUGUCGGCGCACCACACCUCGACUCAGGGCAGAAUCCAGGAAGCACCCAAGCUCACUCACCUGUAGCAGGUUUGGAACAAAAAUGACAACGUAGGAAUAUUGAAGACGACAAAGAACAAGUAACACGACAUGACUCACUAACAGACUAACUAAUUGUGGGGGCUCCACCGCUGCAGUGGGACGGCGGGAGAGGCAAAACGAGACAGGCGGGAACCAUCCAGUGGUCGGCUCCGUGCUUUGCAGCCACAAAAAUGCAACAAUCAGCAUUCGGUGCUGUUCGACCCCGCCCUGUUUUCAAUGCCGUCAUAAAAAGCUUGAACAAAUCAAAUUAGGCCGAGAGCUUUCACUGCUACCUUGAAAUAGCAGUUAAUUUAAUUUUCAAAAGGAAGAGUUUGUGACUAUAGUAUCAAGUAGCAGAGAUGGACCCUAACCAUUCGUGUUACCGAAUAAGUCGAUUAAAGGCACAUCUGUCAAGAGCAGAAGUACUGAAAUCAAUAGUAGUUGCCAAAAAUGUUCCGCUGAUGUUUUAAGCUCCGACUAAACUCACUCGCUGCCACUGAAUCCAUUCAUCCUCAUAUAGGAAAAGAGGAACCAAAUUGUCAAACCAUUUACCAGAGCAUUAUUAGAAUCAACAAUCUUCUCAACUUCCACAGAAAUGCAGAUAUUUAACCCCCUAAUUCCAAUUUUACACACCGAGUGCAGUUCUUGCUCCCAGGUCGGGGCAAUAAAUGUCAAGAAGGCCCAACUCUGCUGCAGAGACAUACAGUAUUUGCAGUUGGAUGGUAUAACAAGAUCAGUGGUUAGCGCCAGUGUACGGUCAUUACUCAUUAGACUGAUAAUGUGCUGCACAGUGAAUCUGUAAUUCACACUGCUGUAUUCAAAUCAAGUAGAUGUCAAAAGGAGAAAAGUUGGUUAUUGAUUCGGAUCAGAAUCAACAAAAAGAAAAUUACAGAUGAAAGAAAACUGUUUAUGCUGCAUCCAAGUCACUCAGCUAAAUAACUGCAGCAUUAUUACAUAAGAAUUAAACACUCUGCUCCAUCGAUUGCAUUAGCGGACUUUCCAAAGAGUUUUUAUGUGGGCGUAGCAAAGUGCAGCAGUAGUUCAGCUAAGUGUGUAGUAAAUACGCCUGUAAUGACUGUUUGAACUAGUACGUGGUUUAAAGUUUUACUUCGAUAAUAAAACCCCCCCCCACUACACAAAUAUUCAAACAGCUCUUCCUCCUGGUGAAUGGAACAGUUGAAAUUUUAAUGGGCAGUUAACAAGGUGGUUAGAUUUGUGACCCUGGGAUCUCUCCCCCUCCACGCAACACAUGUUGCUGUCAGCCAAGCUGAGCUAUGCUGAGGGCUUUGCCGCUCCAUCAGCGGGAGAGGAGCGCAAAAUCACCCGCCUGUAGCAGGCAUCACUCAUCUUCAGCCGAUCUUCCCGUAUUACAAAGCACAUAAAAACCACUGGAUGGUGUUCCCUCCGCUGUCUCUUUUUGCCCCCCCCCCCCACCCUCACCGUACCCAUCUCCCUCUGUCCAGACCGAAUCACUACUAACCCAUCGCCUCCCGUCUGUGGCAGCAGCACAUGGCUUCUGAAGGAGGUGAAAUUUCCCACAAUCCCCCACAGACUGCCCUCCCACACACGCAUCCAUCACCACAGAUACAUCCCUCCCAUCACUCUUAACAGGGUUUAAGAAGCUACAGCGGCUCAGCGGCUAAACUAGCUCCCACAGACACACAUCUGUGCUAAGCUACUUCGGCUAAUCACACUUUCAUACACACACAGACACACGCACACACACACACACACACACACAGACAGCAACGUUAAGCUAGCUUCCUUUCGUUGACACUUCCACAGCCAGGGUAUGCCAGCUGUUGACAUCUUCAAACAAACACGAGAACAUGGAAGAGACAUUUUUAAUGUUCUUAUUUUAGCACAUCAUCGACACAGGGUAAAUAAUAAGAGUGGAGAACACUAUUUAUUUAUGUUUGAGUAAGGCGUCGCCCUCCUCUCUUUUUCUUUCCUUCUCUUUCUAUUGAAAAGGGUUCACUUACAUUAGUGGACACCUAUGCGUAAAUGUCCACAUUUUCUAUUUCUUUUUGUUUUGUUCUCACAUAUCUUGACUUUUAACGUGGAUACAGGGUAUAUAUUUGAACAAAAAUGCAUGUCCCGGAAAAUCUAAGCGAACGUGUGCCAUGCAUUUUUUAAAACAACCCGGGUUGAACUUCUCUGAACCGUCGGCGAGGGCAAACUGGGACAACACACGCCAAAACCCUUACAGACUGUUUCACCCUGCGUCCAAUACUGAAAACAAGCGGCGCGUGGCAGCGCCGAAACUCGCCGACGUUCAGGAAGUGAACCCCAAUGCGUUGUUUUUAAAAAUGCACAUUUUACACAAAAAAAGCUUUCCACAUCUGGGCAUCAUUGUUGCACUUAGAGUUUACAUUUUGAUGGUUAAAGGUUAAAAAAAAAAAAUAAUAAAAUCUUAUUUUGAAGACGGAAGGCCCUACAAUCAAAGCGUCUUUCGCCAAUGUGUGUUCAAGUGAACAUUCAUAUAUAAAUAUUUAUUUGUUAUAGCCAGUUUAAAAAGACUUUCUGUUUUGUAUUAUUAUUAUUUAUCCUUCAUGUAUUUAUAUUGAGAAAAAAUACUGUACUUUUUUAGUAUUUACCUGUUAUGAAAGAAAAAAAACAACAUUGUGUUUCUUCUUGUCCAUUGUAUUGAAAUUACAUUUUUUUAGUUAUUGUAUUUUAGAAGAAAAUAAGUAGUUUUUAUGUUCCUAUGAUGACCCUUGUACAUAAAUGUCUUGGCUUGUACAAGGAAAAAGGCAAGGGUGGGGAUUGGUGACCCAUCCCUGCAUAGUCAAAAAAAAAAAAAAAUUAGACAAACUAUUAGCUGGAAAAAAAAAGAACAAGUCUUUUUGGAGAACUUCUUUCUUUGUCCUUUGUAGCGCCUUUUUCUUUCAUUGUUGAGAGAGUUGUCUGUCAAAAAAAUUCUUUAAUAAAAUGUUAUGUUAUUCAGAGCUACCGUCGAUUUUUUAAGAAGCCCGAGAGUGAAACGCUGGACUCGGAGUGGGUUGGUAAUUAAUUAAGAGAAUGUAAUCAGCCCGAAAAAACAAAAACGCAAAUUCCUGUCUGAAACAGCAGUCUGGAGAAACCCUGCCAACUCCCUUUGUAUUCAUUGUCAAGGCGGCGUACAAACAACACUUUGCCCUGCUGUGCUCCUCUUGGCUGCAGGUUGCAUCAGAAAACGUAAAAUACGCACAAACCAACGUUUUGCUAAGGCCUACCUUGAUGCCGUUCACUGAUUAUCAGCUUUAAAAGCUCAAUAUAACACCGCAAACCUGCUAAAACUUUUUUUUAAAUGAGCGACGACACAAAGCGCGCAAGGGUUGAGGCAACAAAAGGCUCCUGAAUCCCAGAUCAGGUGUAGGGGCAGCUCCUCUGGUUCUGAGACGACCUUACACCGAUGCCGGUGUUGAAUAUCCGGUCAACGCCGGAGGCUUAAAGCGCGGCAUCGUUGUCUGAAAAACUUGCUCAAUUAUUCAAACCCCGAGUCGGAAAGCCACGCGCAACACGCGAGAAAUCGAAAACCUUUAACCCCUCGACAUCAAGGUUUGCGCAGUUUACGCUACGAGCCAGACAGGACCGGGGGGAGAGCGAAGUGAGACACCCGUGAUCUGUUGUUUUUGUCUGACAAGUGCAAGAAAGCUCAGUUGUUUUAAGCGUCUGAGUUUCAAUAUCGCUGGCACUCCUCUCACUGUUGGGCUUCUGACAGAUAUAUUCAGCAGAUAACUGUCAAACGUUCUCCGCAAAUGAUAGAGCGAUGCAGUUUGGGAGAUGCGAAUGCAGGUCAAAAUUGUAGUUAUGACUUUAUUCCAAGUUAAGAGGAUGUAGGAGCUAGUUCUGUAAAACAUAUGGAUUUUUAUAUAUUCAGCGCGAGACACUGAUGUGGCUAAAAACUUCGGCGAGAUCUAGUCAGAGGACAGAUUUAAGACUAAACCACAUCUUCAAGCAGAUGGUUCCUUGUCACAGCGUCUCCAUUCAGAAACCCCUCCAGCAUUUUGAUUUUUUUUUUUUCUUUUUUAAACUUUGACUAUUUAAAACUGUUGCUGUUUGGAUGUGUGCCCAUUUCAAGAGUUCAUUGUUGUCUUUCCAGAUUCAAGCGUACUUAGGUUUCCCUCUUCUCACAGCUUUCUGUCUCUCUUCUUGACACACAAACACACUCAGAUCAUCUGGCGAGCCACGCAUCCUGUGUUAAUGUUUAUGACUUUUAAAAAGAAGAGCAAGAAAAAAAAAAGCCCCGGGGCCUGCGCCUUGGCCAGGUCACGUGGUCUCUAACCUAACACACCCCAUCCCUCUCUCUUUCCUCUCUCUCUUUCCACUUACUACACACGCGUGCUCAGACGCCUGAGAGCAGCAUAAAACUUGGGACAUAAAUCAGGCUCCCAUAAAUAAUGGCCGUACUUCCCUUUACAUCUCCGUUGGACUAACAGACAAUAAAAACACCAAUAAGCAGAGAUUGGAUCUAAUUUAUUGCCUCAUAAAAGCAGACGGAGGGCUGAGCAGGGCUUCGGCAGACGCUGCUGGGGGAAAAAAAAGGCAUAACUAUUACUGUAGAGAGCGCGCACAGCCAGGUACACCGAAUGAGAGGGUUCAAAAACUCUUAAGUGCUAUUUGACAAAGACAGUUUAGGGGCGUCAUCAGGCACCGUCACCUCCGAGACCAAGUCAACCGUCACGAGUUUGAGCCAAACCUAUGAUCAUACUUAGCACAGCUAUAUUUUUUGGAAACUUUUUUUUAAAAAUCUUUAUAACUCGUUAUAUAAUUAUUUAAAAAUUUGGCUACAAUUUUCCGUUUGUGUAUUAGGCUUUGGAUGAAUCCAUUACGCACAAAUCAAUUACGUAAAAUGUAAA